AUGGGUGCUUACAAGUAUCUUGAGGAGCUCUGGAGAAAGAAGCAGAGCGAUGCCAUGCGUUACGUCCUUCGUAUUCGUUCUUGGGAGUAUCGUCAGCUUCCUAAGGUGUGCCGCGUGUCGCACUCCACUCGUCCCGACAAGGCUCGCAAGUUGGGCAUGAAGGCCAAGCAGGGUUACGUUGUGUACCGUGUGGCUGGAAUUGUCUACGGAAAGCCCAAGCACCAGGGUAUCAACCAGCUGAAGAACACCCGCAAUCUUCAGACGAUUGCCGAGUGCCGUGUGGGCCGUGUGUGCUCGAACCUGCGUGUGCUGAACAGCUACUGGGUGAACCAGGACGCUACCUACAAGUACUACGAGGUGAUCUUGGUGGAUCCCAACCACCCUGCUAUCCGCAACGACCCCUCCAUCAACUGGAUCGUGUCUCCUGUCCACAAGCACCGUGAGUGCCGUGGUCUGACCUCUGCUGGUCGUCAUGCUCGUGGCAUGAACAAGAAGGGCCACCGUGCCAACAAGCGCAUUGGAGGAUCCUGGAGAGCCAGCUGGAAGCGUCGCAACACGCUCUCUCUCCGCAGAUACCGAUAAGCUUGAGAUUAGGCAGCUGCA